AAUACAUUUUCAGUUUGUUCCGAUGAUAUUAAAACAUAUUUUUAUACAUCUAUGCAUGUAUCCAGCAGUGAUAUUUUCUCUAUACUUUCGAAAUAGUUUAAAGAUUACCAUAAAUAGACGGUAUAAACUCGUAAAUCAAAAGACCUUUUGAAAUCGCUAGCUUACAUUUUUAAGGUAUUACAAAAAAAAAAAACAAAACAAAAAAUCAACAUAUUGCAGGUUCGUUUUCACAAAUAAUGAAUAUAAUAUCUUAAAGGUAUUUAUGAAACAAGCCUUUAAUCAAAUACUAAUUGUGCCAUUUCCCGUUUUAAAAUUGUUCAAAACAAAAUAAAGAAUACCAAUCUGGCUGAAGUUGUACCUAUAUUAGAUUAAAAAUAAUAACAAAUUUGUAACAUUAUAAUAAAAAACAGUAAUGAAACAAAUAAAUAUUACAAAAUAAAAAUACAAUUCGAUCACCGAACAAUACUUUGCUCAUAACCACGAAGCUAUACAGUGUUUAUAUUGUUAAAUAUCUUGUAGGGAUAUUAUUAAAAUUUGUAUGUGAUGAUGAACGCAUAAACAUAAUGAUAUUCAGGUUAUUUAUUAUGUUUGUGACUGGAGGUUCCUACAAUUCCUUUAUCAGUGAAAACGGAUAUUCGUUUUAUAGCUCCACUUUCCCGUAGUCCUUUGAACAGAACAUUUGAAAAUCAUUUGGAUUUGCCGUUUAAGGUACAGAAUGAAACGAACUUGUUAUUUCAGACAAUUAGGAUAAUUGAAAUGGUUCUAUUGUAGCAUUGAGUUGAGAAUUUAAUUACUUUGAUUCAUUACAAAAACUUAAUGAUAAUACAUUGAAAAGCUUCAUAGAUAAUGCUUUUGUAAAUACUAAUGAAUAUACAUAUAUAAACACUUGAGUCUAACAAGAGAGAGCCACGCCACAGUCUAACAACUAUCCCCAAUCUAUUAACAAGAAUAAAAUAACCAUCGGGUCAAUACCAUGAGUUUCCUGAGUAGAGUGAAAGAAAAACUGUGGAGGAACGGUCAAAACCGAAAGCAAAUAUUUCUAAGAAAUACAUCAUUGGAGUUGUUAAAAUACGUCAUCGGUGAUAGACAUUUAUGGUGGAUAAAGCUAUACUUUAUAAUAAUUUUUGGUUCGCUUAUUUAUGUGGCCGUAAACUUAGCGGUUCGCGUUUUUGUUAAAUGGGAAGACACGCCAGUGAUUAUUGGAAUUAGUUCAACUAUGACUCCAAUUAGUAAGAUUCCAUUCCCUGCAAUAACAGUUUGUAAUAUGAAUCAGGCAAAGAAAUCGAAAGUAGAAGAUUUAAUACCUGGAUCGCUAGGAUAUUCCAUGCUACAGAAAACUUGUUAUAAAGAGAAUACUUAUGGCAAUUUUACAAAAUCGAAUCAUCGUUAUAAAAACGAAACGUUCCCCAACUUUAUACUAAAUGUUUCUGAGAGAUGCGAAGAUUUGAUAGUGUCAUGCAUGUUUCAUAAAAAAAAGUUACCAUGCACUGAUAUCUUCAGAGAAAUCUUUGUAGAUGAGGGCUUGUGCUGUGUAUUCAAUUUGUUGCAUCCAUAUUAUUUAUACAAGUUCAGGCCAACAUACAUUCGGGACUACACCUCAACGAAUAGGUUUGCAGACAUUGCAGUGGAUUGGAAUCCUAUAUCUGGCUAUCCACCGAAACUACCGUCCAGCUAUUACCCGCGGCCAGGAGUUGGCGUUGGCAUUGCUAUGGGCUUACAAAUAAUACUCAAUGGUCACGUGAAUGAUUAUUUUUGUUCCUCUACAAAUGGACAAGGAUUCAAAGUGCUAUUGUAUAACCCAAUCGAUCAACCACGUAUGAAGGAAUCUGGAUUACCAGCAAUGAUCGGGCAUCAGACAACAUUUCGUAUAAUCGCGCGGAGCUUUGAAGCCCUGCCCAGCAUUCGUAACAUCCAUCGAACUAAACGACAAUGUAUUUUUAGCGAUGAAGAAGAACUUUACUUUUAUCGUUAUUAUACGCGACGCAACUGCGAAUCUGAAUGCGAUGCAUUGUUCUUCCUUCGACUGUGUGAUUGUAUUCCAUACUAUCUGCCGUUGGUGUUUGCUAACGCUACAGUAUGUGAUGCGGCUCAGUUUGAUUGCUGGAAUAAUGCGGAAUUACAGAUCUUUGACAAGAAAAGAUCUGAAUGUAAAGAUUUGUGCCUAACCAGUUGUCAUGAUCUGACGUUCUUUCCUGAUGCUUUCACAACUCCUUUUAGCCAACAGGACCUGAAGGCCCAGAGUGAUUAUUUAAAGAAUUUAUCAAAUGAAUAUAUCCGAAAAAACUUGGCAGUAGUAAAUUUCUACUUCACAGAAAAUUAUUUUAGAAGCAAUGUGAGGACUUCGUACACCGGACCAACUGAAUACAUGUCUUUAACUGGUGGUAUCAUGAGCCUUAUGAUUGGAUUUAGCGUUAUCUUUAUCGCCGAAAUUCUUUAUGUUGUUGUUCUAUUUUUCAUAUUAUUAUUUUUCAAUCUUUAAUGUGACCAGUCAAUAACGACAUAUCUGCUAAUAAACAAUUACACUGUAUA